GGGAGAGCCAACCACGACGCGGAAGUCUCCGAGUCGGAAGGCGAUGGAAUCGGCGGUCUUCCUUCGUCUCCCGCUCUUAGUCCGUCGGAAACUCCUAAAAUUAAGCCGCUUGGUCACUUAAAUCGACCAAAAUGUAAGCGGGACCAUGAGGGCUCGUUCCGUUUCGCCGGCUAUUCAUGAGCGUCCUCCCUCCCUCCCUCUCCGAAGCCAUCUUUUUACCUUGCGCAGCCAUCGAUCUGGGCCCAUUCCUGACCGGUGCGGAGUAGAAGGUCAAAUCUUUCUGUAGCUUGAUCGGCCGUUCGGGGAUCAUUGGCUCUUGUUGCCGUAGAUUCUUUUGGCGAGCGGGUAGUAUUCUGAUAUAUUUCGGGAAUUUGGCAAAAUGAUGAAUAUGGUAUGGAGAGAUAGCGGGGUUCCGGCUGACUCUUUUUACGAGGCUCGGACUGAGUGCGCCGAGGGCCCUAAGAGCAAGUUCAAAAUUAAGGCUGGAAAGACUCUAAGUGUUCGAAGAUGGCAAGCUGCAUUCAAUCCAGAAGGUCAAUUGGAUAUUGCUUCAGUUCUCAGCCGGAUUCAAAGAGGGGGUGUUCAUCCUUCUAUAAGAGGACAGGUUUGGGAGUUCUUACUUGGAUGCUUUGAUCCCAAAAGCACCUUUGAAGAACGAGAAGAGCUGAGACAACAACGGAGAGUGCAAUACGAAAGAUGGAAGGAUGUGUGCCAUGAGUUGGAUUCACAUGUCGGCAGUGGAAUAAUUGUCACAGCUCCAUUAGUCACUGAGGAUGGUCAACCUAUUCAGGACCCUUUAGUUCUCAUGGAAGCCAGCCCUUGUCAAACUCCUCCCCACAGUGAACAAGUUAAGAGUUCUGCUGAAAGUGCGGAUAUUAUGAUGGAUAAACAAGUGAUUGAGUGGAAGCUUACACUACAUCAAAUUGGUCUUGAUGUGCUCCGGACUGAUAGAGGUCUGGUAUUUUAUGAGAAGAAAGAAAAUCUUUCGAAGCUUUGGGAUAUUCUAGCUGUCUAUGCUUGGAUUGACAAAGAUGUUGGCUACUGUCAAGGUAUGAGUGAUCUUUGCUCUCCACUGAUAAUUCUUCUCGAAGACGAAGCAGAUGCAUUUUGGUGCUUUGAGAGGUUGAUGCGCAAACUGCGAGGAAAUUUCAGAUGCACAGCGAGCUCCGUAGGGGUGGAGAACCAACUCCAAAGUUUAGCAUCCAUAACACAAAUUUUGGACCCAAAACUUCACCAACACAUAGAAGCACUGGGUGGUGGUGAUUACCUUUUCGCAGUUCGUAUGUUCAUGGUAAUGUUUCGGCGAGAGUUAUCCUUUGGUGAUUCUUUGUAUCUUUGGGAGAUGACAUGGGCUUUAGAAUAUCACCCAGAUAUCUUCACCCUUUACGAAGAACCGGAGUUCUUAGAACAGAAUGAUGGGUCCAAAAAGAAAGUUAAGAUUCGCCAAUUCGGGAAAUUUGAGAGGGACAAUAUCAAAAAUGGAACUAAAACUUCUGAAGCUCCUUUGCCGAUCACAGUUUUUCUUGUUGCUAGUGUUCUCAAGGACAAAAGCGCAAAGAUACUGCAGGAAGCACGAGGUUUGGAUGAUGUCGUCAGGAUAUUAAACGAGAUAUCAGAUUUAGAUGCAAAAAAAGCUUGCAGCCAUGCAAUAAAGCUCCACAAAAAAUAUUUGAAAAUGGCCAAGAAUUCAUAACUUCCGACGCGUAUAGCCUUCUUCGAAGAGUCGAUAUCCAGCAGCGGCCAAGCACAAGGACUCCUGGGUGAUUUCUGAGGGGAGGCAAUCUCACUGGUAUAAUGUUUUUUCUAGCUGAUUGUAUUCUUUUAGAGGGGCAAAACUCUCUGCCCCUCUGGUUGUCAACCUUAAUGCAUGUAAAGCUCUUCACACAUGUAUUCUCCAUCUAAACAAACAGUUGUGACUGUAAACUGUGAUCACAAUCACUAUCACUUCGAUCAAAACAAAUUGUAAAAGGAUUAUUUAAUUGUAAUAAAAUUAACUCUGCUGAUAUUAAUAAGAAG